AUGGGCGUAGUGGAAUACAAGAACGAUGGGCUCUCCAACGAGAUGCCCAUCAAAAAUGAAAUCUCCGCUACCGAGGAGGGUGUCAUGAAUCAACAGCAUCAUGUAGACCUCCAUCGCGCCCUCAAGGCUCGCCAUAUUACUAUGAUUGCCAUUGGAGGCGCGAUUGGUACGGGUCUUAUUAUUGGAACGGGAAAGGCUCUUGCAAGAGGUGGUCCCGCUUCUAUUCUGAUUUCCUAUUCCGUCGUCGGAUUCAUCGUCUAUCUGGUCAUGUGUGCCCUCGGAGAGAUGGCCGCCUGGCUACCUUUGCCUUCUGGCUUCACGGGUUAUGCGGUGCGCUUCGUUGACCCGGCGCUGGGAUUUGCGCUGGGCUGGACAUAUUGGUUUAAAUAUAUCAUCCUCACGCCGAGUCAGCUAACAGCCGGGGCGCUAGUCAUACAGUACUGGAUCAAACCCGAACGAGUCAAUGCAGGCGCCUGGAUUACCAUAUUCCUGGUGCUGAUCGUCUGCAUCAAUUACUUCGGAGUACGGUUUUUUGGCGAAUUUGAAUUCUGGCUGUCCUCCUUCAAGGUGAUUGUCAUUCUUGGCCUGAUUCUGGUCUCCUUCAUCCUGAUGCUGGGUGGAGGGCCCGACCAUGACCGCAAAGGCUUUCGCUACUGGAAGGACCCCGGCGCCUUCAACACCUAUAUUGAUCAUGAGAACAAAGCAGCGGGUCGAUUCUACGCGUUCUGGGCCACCAUGGUCUCUGCGACCUUCGCCUACCUGGGGACCGAGUUAAUCGGCGUAACUGUCGGCGAGGCGCAGAACCCGCGCAAGACCAUACCCAGGGCUAUCAAACUGACCUUCUACCGGAUUGUCGUCUUCUACGUCAUCAGCGUCUUGCUUGUGGGCACCCUCGUUCCGUUCGACCACAAAGAAUUGGUCUUCGCCAACAAAGCGAGCAGCUCUGCCGCGGCAUCGCCCUUCGUGGUUGCCAUCAAGCUGUCGGGAAUCCCCGCCCUACCAGACAUCCUCAAUGCCUGCAUCCUGCUAUUCGUGUUCUCCGCGGCCAACUCAGAUCUCUAUAUUGCCACGCGGACCAUCUACGGUCUGGCGCGCGAAGGAAAAGCGCCCUCCCUCCUAGCCCGCACCGACAGUCGCGGCGUCCCCGUCUUCGCGCUGAUCCUGUGCUCCCUCAUCGCCUGCCUGGCGUUCAUGAACGUGUCCAACGACUCCAAGACCGUCUUCGGCUACUUUGUGGACCUCGUCACCAUCUUCGGUCUCUUGACCUGGGUCUCCCUCCUCGUCACGCACAUUUUCUUCGUGCGGGCCCGCAAGGCUCAACAGGUCCCCGAGUCCGAUCUGGCCUAUAAGGCGCCGUUCGGCGUCUACGGCUCUUAUGCCGCCCUCUUCUUCUGCAUCAUCAUCUGUAUAACAAAGAGCUACGACGUCUUCACGUAUAGCCCGGAUUAUGGCAACUUCAACUAUAAGACCUUCAUCACGGCGUACCUUGGUAUCCCGCUCUACUUGAUCUUCCUCUUGGGGUACAAGUACAUCAUGGGCACUAAGGGGGUUAAUCCCCACGAGGCGGAUCUCUGGACCGGAAAGGAUGUUAUUGAUCGUGAAGAGGCGGAGUUCCUCGCGCGGCAGGCGGCUAAUGAGGAAAAAAAUGCGAAUGCGAAUUGGUUUUAUCGGACUUUUGUUUCUUGGUUGUUCUGA